AACGGCUCCACUCCAAAGCCCGCAAGCGCUCAUUCAUCUCUACGAUACUCACUGCAGCGCAAUAAAUCCACGACGGCAUAUAGAGCGAAGUCCUACAGCUGACGGUCCGAUAUUUUGAUCCUUAAAUACUUCGCCCACUCUCAGCAGCCAUGGCUGCCACAAAGGACAAGCUGUCUUUGGAUGACAUGCUCAAAGCAGACAGGAAAAAGAAGAAGAACGAGGAACUUUUCAACUCUAUCAGGAACAAGGAUAGGAGAACAAGUGCGCCCGGAGCUGGUGUGGUAAACUCCAAACGAGGCGGAGCUGGAGCAAGCCUCGCGAGCAGAAUAGGCAUUAAUAAGCGCUCUAACUCGGUUCAAAAUCUGAAGACCAGUGCUCGUGGCGGUCGAAGCUCUCAAUUGGCACGUACCAACUCUACUUCAAAUUUUGAGCGAGGAAACAAACUCUACGCCCAACUGCAAAGUCAGUCUGGUAGUAACAUCGGACAAAUCUCAAGUGUUACGAGCCCACUUGGGCACACCGGUGAGAUCAGCAUAAGAGGACGAGCCAGCCCUCCAGCCUACACGGUUGUCGCCAGCAACUUCGCGCCCGGAACGACAGCCAGCGAUAUCGAGUCCGUGAUGUCCCCGUUUGGCGACCUGAAAAGCUGUAGGCUCAUCAGUGCCGUGCCUACCGUGAUAGCGGAGCUGGCGUUCAGCGAGCGCUCUGCGGCACAGAACGUGAUCGACUACUUCAACAACAAAAAGGCUGAUGGUCGACUACUAUACGUGUUUCUGAAGGACUCAGUCUCGAAUACGCAUCCGUCCAAGCCUCAAUCUCGCCCUGAGGUCGUCCGGCCAAAUCCUCAAAGGGAUGUAAUGGAUGUAGAUAUGGAAGACGAUCAACGAAACAUUCAGGUACGAAGAGCAGACCCGUCGCUGCAAGAUGGGAGAUACGGUUUCGGUGACAACAACUACACGGCUAAUGGUAGUGGAAGACGAAGGGAUCACACCUUUCAAGGAUCGGGUUUAAGGUCUGAUGAUAUGAUAGGUCGAGGUCGCGGCUUCAGGAGACGAGGGAACUGAAGCCCUUGACGUUGGAAUUGGGGUUACAAGCGAUAAGGGACUAUGAAUGCUGGAUACCUUGUUCUCCUGCUAUGUAUCAAGAGAUCACUUACCGAGUUCAUGAUGGAGAAGGUCUGGCACACAGGCUUGGUAUUACUCGGUCACCCUUCGCAUGCUGAGCUGGAGUCAUCUUGAAGCACUCUUAUAAUAUCUGGACGACAUGUUAUAUCUGGUUGAUAUGUCUCCUUCUCAGGCUCCCGACCCUUCCGGUUGUAUACAUAGAAAUCUGAGAU